AUGUGGCAGCAGUUUAGAUGUCUGCCAUCUGUCUUCUGCAUAAGUCUGUUCAAAGGCAGCACUGCUUGUCAGCGGUCUUUGAACUAAACUUUGAUUGGUGAAUUUCUGCGUGCUGUCAGACGUCUCCCGGCUCCUCGGGCUGUGAUUGGCCUUGAGUUUGACCUUGAAGGCGGUGGUCUGCUGCUGCUGCCUGCUAUGUUGUGAUUUGUGCCAAGGUGCCAUUCGAACGCGCGAGAGGAAGGCGAGGGGAAGCGAAGUCGGGCGCUUAGUUUUUAUUUUACUUGUUUUCCAUAUCAUACAACCUGAAGAAAUAGCUCGUCAUCUGGAAUCUGGGAUCAGAAUGGAUUAUACCAGGAGAAAGAUCGAGGAGUUCUGUCAGGAGCUCGUGCUGACUCCUGAACAGAUUCAGGAUGUGUACGACAAACUCAUGAAGCAGAUAAACCUUGGCCUGGGGAAGGAGACCAACGCGCAGGCCGCCGUCAAGUGCUUCCCCACCUACGUCAAGGAACUGCCCAACGGACAUGAGCGCGGCCGGUUCCUGGCGCUGGACCUGGGCGGCACCAACUUCCGCGUCCUCCUCAUCGAGCUCAACGAUGGCAACUUCAAGAUGGAGUCCAAGAUUUUCGCCGUGCCGCAGAGCAUUAUGCAGGGCGCCGGCCACGAGCUGUUCGACCACAUCGCCGAGUGCCUGUCGACGUUCGCGCACAUGCAGCACAUUGAGCACGAGGUGCUGCCGCUGGGCUUUACGUUCAGCUUCCCGUGCAGCCAGCACGGCCUGACCGAGGCGCGGCUGACGCAGUGGACCAAAGGCUUCAGCUGCAGCGGAGUGGAGGGGGAGGAUGUUGUUAAACUGCUGGAGGAGGCCAUCGAGAGGCGCGGGGACGUCAAGAUCAAGGUGUGUGCUGUACUGAACGACACCACAGGAACGCUGAUGUCGUGCGCCUGGAAAAACCACAACACAUACAUCGGACUCAUCAUCGGCACCGGCACGAACGCCUGCUACGUGGAGCGGCUGGAGAACGUGGGUCUGUGGGACGGGGACUGGGAGGAGCCCAAACAGGUGCUCAUCAACACCGAGUGGGGCGCGUUCGGCGGCGGCGGAGACCUCGACUCGGUGCUCACAGAGUACGACCGCGACAUCGACCAGCACUCGAUCAACCCUGGCCGGCAGCUGUUUGAGAAGAUGAUCAGUGGCAUGUACCUGGGUGAGGUGGCGCGCCAGCUGGUGCAGAAGCUCACCAAGCAGGGCCUGCUGUUCGGCGGCCAGGGCUCGGACGCGCUGUUUGAGCGCGGCGGCUUCUUCACAAAGUACAUCACAGAGGUGGAGAGUGACGCGCCGGGCGACUAUACCAACUGCCGUAUGGUGCUGGAGGAGCUCGGUAUUGAGCACGCCACGGAUGAGGACUGUGAGAACCUGCGAUACGUCUGCGAGGUCGUCUCCAGGAGAGCGGCGUUCCUGGUGGGCACCGGUCUGGCGGUGCUACUCAACAAGAUGGACCGGCCGUCGGUGACGGUCGGCGUGGACGGCUCCGUGUACCGCUACCACCCGCACGUGCACCGGCUCAUGUGCGAACAAAUCUCCCGGCUCGUCCGGCCCGGCAUGAAGUUCGACCUGAUGUUGUCGGAGGACGGCAGCGGACGUGGCGCCGCCCUGGUGGCCGCCGUCGCCAGCCGCACGGCCGCCACAUGAGCUCCGCGCCCGCCACCUCCCAUUGGGGGCGCCACUCGACCGACCGACCGGGGCGGCCAGCUGGGCGCCACAUUCCACCGCAUGCCGCGACAGUGGCGCUACGCGUGGCCAGUCCGCACACUAACGCCUCCCGCUGGGACCGCGGGAGGCGCCACCGAGCCGCCACACCGGGCGACGAGCAAAUGCGACGCUACGCUGUGAAGAUUUGGGGAGACGCUAGCCUCGUGUUCGAGCGGUAACUUCCCUGCUUGUGGCGUGGAUUUUAGUAUAGUUGUUAUUUGGUCAUGCUGCGGGUGACAGGUACGGAACAAUCGUGUGUACUUAAAUCCUCAGAGUAUAUUGCGCUCGGUAUUUGUAUUUCUACUCGUCGGUAUUUGCCAGUUAUAGUGUCAGUGAGGUUAUGCGCCUAGAAAGACCGGUUUGAACUUAGCUGUGAUGUUGUGAUUUGUUCACUAGUUUUAAAUUAUGUCAAAUCUGCAUGAGUUUAGGGACAUUUCGUCUUAUACUGCUUUUUUCGUUUUGCAAUGUUGAUCGAAUGCCCGUUUAUAUGGCAUAGUGUACUAAAAUUCAGUGAAUAUGUGUAUGGAGAAAUCGUUGAGCGUCGAAGCUUGACAGCUCGGUGCAAUAAGGUAUGAUGUGCAACUGCGUUUAUUUUGAACAUGAUGGUGUUGGAAAUAGAUCUUUUAUACAUAC